AGACCUGGCAUCGCCGGUUCUUUGGUAGGUUUGUGUGUUUCCUCAUGACGGUGGUAAACAGGGUGUCCACGAAACAAGAACGUGUUAAAAUGACAUCUUAUGUUCUCUUUGUAAUCGCCGUUUUGGAGGUCAGAGGUUACGACAUUCACACAGUAUUCUCGUGUGCCGAGCUUCCGGACGGCACCUACGCAGAUCCCGAAGUCUGCACCAUCUAUCACCUCUGCCACUCCAGAAUCAACUACUCCCUGCGCUGUCCCGAGGGACAGGUGUGGGACCGAUGGUUGCACCACUGCCGCCUAGCGGACAUUUCAAAAUGCUGCAGAGGGGACGGCUGUUUGAUGUCCGGGGACGUGGUGGCUGAGGAGGUCGUUGCCGAACUAUCCAGAAGAGUGGAAAGCCUAGAAAGAGAGAACAACCGACCGAACCAGCUGAUGGAACAGGUGGCCGCUGAGAAUAUUCAACUACGGAACGAGCUUGAGCUUCUCAAGGCAAAAGUGGACAGUCUAGACAGUAGACUGACGACAGAACUCGACGUUCCCCUUCCUAACGCAGUGUUUGCGGUGAAGGUUGUGUCGGCAGGGUUUGAUGACUCGGCUGCUGAGGGAGGUUGUGCUGAAGUCUGGGUGGGCGGUCACCAACACGCACUGAAUCGUAGGGGGAUCAAUGUGGUGAUAGUGGAGGAGAUGUCCGGACAAACCGAAGAUUCCCAGCGGUUCGACACUUACGGUGACCCCGAGGCGGGGGUCAAACUCAGGGACUUCCUGCGCGCAGUGACGCCGGGCCGGGUCGUGUUGAUAGCAGUAAAAGACGAAGGAAGCAAGUACGCCGUCGACGCUAUGGAGGAACUUCAACAUCUUGGGUCAAGUUUGGAAAUCUUGGGUUAUCGGGAAUCCUGGGCAGUGAUCGGUAAGAAGGGAAGUAAAACCUCCUGGUUUGUGGAGGACAGAAGACCGAGGUACCAGGGACCCACAGUCAUCGAGGCGCUCAUACCUGUUUCAACAUCAUUCAGGAUAAACUGUACCCGAGAGAAGAAAAUGUUGAGGUUCAUUUGUCUCGUAAUGCUGGCGGCCACGGCGAGCGGGCAAGGGACAGACGCCCAGUGCGAGGGUCGGUCUGACGGUGUGUACGCGGACCUGGAGGACUGCACGGUCUACCACCUGUGUCACGGCGGGCGGGACUACCAGAUCCGCUGUCCGGACGGCUACUUCUGGAGCGACGAUGUCCACUCCUGUAGACUGGCGGACAUCGCACAGUGCUGCUCCGGCCAGGGCGUGUGCGAGGCGACGUCGUACGCGGAAGACGUGACGAUGCUGUCGGGCAGGGUGCAGACCCUGGAGGCGGACUCAGCGGACGUGCAGGCACAGGUCAACAGUCUGACCACCGAGAACACCGCUCUCCGGACACAGAUGACGUCACUUCAGGGCGAGGCCAACAAUCUGACCAUAGAGAACGUCGCACUCCGGACAGAGCUGACGUCACAACAGGGAAUGGUCAGCGGUCUGACCGCUCAGAACGCCAUUCUACGGACCGAGCUGACGUCACUCCAGGUGACAGCGGCGGACCUACAGGACCAACUCAACAACAUCUCAGUGCCGGUAGUCGUCUCACGGACCACUAUCAGUGCCAAAGUCAUCUCUGCUGGCUAUGAUGACCCCGGCUACCUGGGCGGAAGGGGUGAAGUCUUUGUGGAUGGAGUGCAAUACGCCAUGAACGGCCGUGGCUACAACGUGGUGAUCGUGAACGAAAUAACGGGGCAGAUGGAGGAUUCCGUGCGGUUUGACACUUAUGGCGACCCAGCAGCCGGCGUUUCGCUUCGAGACUUCCUCCGUGGGGUUCCAAUAGGCCGUAUUGUGCUGAUCGCCGUGCAUGACGAGGGAAGUAGGUACUCUGGUGACGCCAUGGCAGAACUCAGCUCUCUGGGUUCCUUCUCACCGGAUAUCGCGCACCGCACGUCCUGGGCCAUGAUCAGUAAGAAGGGCAGUAAAACGUCCUGGUUUGUGGAGGACGAGCGGGACCGCUAUGCCGGGCCGACUGUCGUGGAGGCAGAGAUCCCCCUGUCUGUCUGAGAACGACCCAGAACACGGCCCAACACAGAAGGGAAACCAAAAUAAAAUCUCUUCAAACCUA